UGGCGGCUGCUGCUGGCAGAGACAUACGGAAAUCUGAGUCUGCAGCAAAGGGAGUCGCGGAGAGGAGAAGCGCUGUGCUGUGUGCUGUCUGUACUCGCCACUCGUGGAUCUGUGCUGCGUGUUCGGGGACUGUGUUUUAGAUUAUGAGGCCGUGUAAGGAUAUGUUGGAUGAUCGUGAUUCACAGUAAUCUUGCCUCUACAAGAAUAACAUAUUGCCUUCUUGGGAACUCCCUUAAAGUUUCUCAAGGAAAUUUGCUUCAGUCCUAACUCAUUAUCUGCAUGAGAACACUAUACCCAUUGACUGCUAAGUGUAUUGAGGAAAUUACAACAGAUUUUUUUUUUACAAUAAAUUAAUAUUGGGUUGUUUAAAUAGCCAAGAUGCCAAUUCUGAAGCAGCUGGUCACAAACCCCAAUGCAUCCAAGAGGCGCUCGCGGGCUGACCUCACGGCGGAAAUGAUUAGUGCACCCAUGGGAGAUUUCCGUCACACCAUGCACAUAGGAAGAGCAGGAGAUGCUUUUGGAGACACAUCAUUUCUGAGCAAAGGAGAUGAGCAGACAGAGCCAGAAGAAUCGACCUCCAAACCAGGGCUGUUAUCCCGACACUUCAGGAGUAGCAAGCGCUCUCUUUCAGUGACACGAACUGAUCGCAGAGACAUGUUAGGGUCACUCAGAGACUCUGCCCUCUUUGUGAAGAAUGCUGUUUCGUUGCCACAGCUGACUGAAAAGGAAUCAGAAAAGAGUUCAUCCAGAAAAAAGAUGCCCAAGAGUCUGUCCUCCAGCCCAGUCAAGAAGAUGCCUGAGGAGCAACAACACAUAAAUGGGGCUUCUGCUAGCAGCCCAGUACCCAUUCAAGACCCCACUUUAACAGAGGUAGAAUUUGGAGAAAUAACAGAGCUGCGAGAGACAGCCCCUAAAAGUAGCCAUGGCAUGAAACAUGCAGAGUCCAUCAUGUCAUUUCACAUUGACUUGGGCCCAUCUAUGUUGGGGGACAUAUUGAGCGUCAUGGAAAAGGGUCAGUGGGAGCAAGAUCUUGAUUGCAGCCUUGAUGAGCUGGAUGGACAUGGGACAAACUAUAGCCAAAGUUCUAAUUCAUCUAGACAGACAGGUCCUUCUUCAGUAAUUCCUGCAACACUGGUCCCUGACCAAGAAAGUGGUUCCAUGUCUAGCGGAAGCCACAAAAGUAAGCCCACCACCAAAGAGAGCCAUUCAGUUUCCAGGGGUACAACAGGAAUCCCAGAGGAGAAACCAAGAAGAGCAAGAGACUUUUCCUUUAUGGAUGAAGAAGGGGAGGAGGAUGAGAUAAGGGUGUAGGAAGGACUGUAAGAGGACUGUGUCUUAUUAUUCAGCUGAAAAGCUAACCAUGCAUAGAGUGGAAAAGUGGGGCUAUUCUGGCAAUAACCCUUUUAUCUAUGAGCUCUAUAAACGCUCUUCAUGGAACCGUGGAUGGAGUUUGUAAGCUAUACAAAAGUACAUUUAAUAGCAAUAAGGUACUCCAGCAACAGGAUACAAAUAGAAAAUUGAUGAGGUUUCAAAAAGGUCAAGGGUUGACCACGUGGAUCCUAUAAAGGUGUCAAUAUUCACUAAUGUUAGAACCUUGCUUUAUUGCACAACACUAAAGUCUAGCAGUCUUAUGAGGAACAUUGCCACAUAGAGGUGACUCAGAAGUGCGAUUAUAGGCUGUAAAAUACUCCAGAGACAUACAUUGCAGGAAUUUAUCACUACAAGCCUUGUCAGCUUGUUUACCCUGGAAUUGAUUCUCUGCAUACCUGUACUGCAUUUACCUAAACAUUGUGCAGUGUUUCUAUUAACUGUUCUAUAUGUCCCACUCCUGUUUUCUUCCUUUGCAAGUUGCCCCCAAACAUUGUUGGUAAAGUCUUUGCAAGCCGAAAUACAAAAACGGGAUAAAACUAGAUCUUUCAGUCAGCUGUGCCUGUACAGUGCAUUCCAGAAACCAGCCGUUGCCGAAUCAACUGUUUUCCAGUGAUCAAAAGUCACACUGAUUUUUAAGUGUCCGCAUUACCCGUGAUGCACAAAUACACUGACAAUCAGAUAUUACUAGACUGAGCUUUGGCAGGAGGAGAAUUAACAAUGAUCACAUGAUACAAUUAAGUUAUGGCCGCUUAGUGUCUGUUGAAAAGCAAAAACAAUUCUAAUAAAGCCAAAGCUUUAGAACUAAAUAAUAUGUUGAGCAGUGGUAACAGAACUCCAUGUGAUGUCAUUUCUAGAUUAUUUGACAACUAUUAACCUUUACAUUCCCAGUAAACUGUAUACCAACUUCUCCUUUAUCAGCAGAGAUUGCUUAUUUUCCUGUGGGAGUAAUGCUAAUCUUUAGAGGAACUUCUAUCCCUUAAACCUUCUUGUGUAUGAGAAGAUAUUUUUUGUAUUCUUGUUAUUAUUUAUGGUACUCAUAGUAAAAUAAAAAUGACACUAUCCAUCUUACUGUGCACUGUAUUAGACAUGGCUGUCUUGUAGUAUAUGGCAAAAUUUUUGCCUGAUCGGUCAUCCAAAAUAUCAGUACUAUUAACGUCUUCUGUGCCCAUUCUUUUAUAUGUUAUUUACAUUACAGUAAGUCAUCUAUUGUUUAGAAUAUCUUUCAUGAAGGAUUUGGAUGCAUUUAACUCUUUGCUGCUUAAGCAUUUUUCACCCCGAUUUGACGCUUUUGGGCUUAUCCAAUUGAGACAUCAAUAUCACACAAAUCAUACCUUGUUUUUUUUUAUUAGAAGACUUUGCAUUUGCGGAAUACAGUAUAUCAUUUAUUUAUUUUUGUACAACAGCAGUAAAUAACAACAUGUUAUAUGUAAACAGUAAUAGUACAAUAGAAAAGGGUUCUCAUAUUUUUUGGAAUAGCUGCAAGUCUCAUGAUCAAUAUGGUACCUCUGUAUGGGUUACUUAAAGGGAAGAUCUUAAUUGAGCAAAACUUUGGCUCAUAGUAAUUUAUGCUGCGUUUACUGCUACAUUCUAGUAAAAAUCCAAGUUGAUCUUAAACAAAAUAUUGCACAUUUCACUAAUUUUAAUAACUCUCCAUGCAUUGGCAAAACUCUUUAUAAAAAAUAAAUUAUUUUUUACAGUAAAAUGUA